AUGGUGGCCGAGGCGGAGGUGAUGCAUCAGCAGCCGGCGCCGGUUCUGGAGGUGCAGUACCGCGCGUGUGUCGCCAAGGGGGUCGGGAUGUCGGCGGUCGCCGUGCCGGAGGUGGAGGUGGAGGUCGAGGUCGCCGUCGAGCUGCCUCGCAUGGGAUUGGCGAACACCGAUGGUGCGACGAGCGUGUCCGCUGAAACCCUACAGUUUGUACCCAAUAUUCGGUCUGGAAGCUUUGCUGAUAUCGGACCUAGGAGGUACAUGGAAGAUGAACACAUCCGGAUAGAUGAUCUUUCAGCCCAUCUUGGCUCGCUGUUGGUUUGCCCACUACCUAGUGCCUUCUAUGGGGUGUUUGAUGGCCAUGGGGGUCCUGAUGCUGCAGCCUACAUGAAAAGACAUGCCAUGAGGUUCUUGUUUGAGGAUAGAGAGUUCCCACAAGCAUUGCAAGUGGAUGAUAUAUUCCUUCAAUCCGUUGAGGAAUGUAUUCGCAGCGCGUUCCUGCAAGCCGACCUUGCGCUGGCUGAUAAUCUAGACAUCAGCCGCUCCUCCGGAACUACAGCACUCGCAGCAUUAAUCUUUGGGAGGCAACUGUUGGUUGCGAACACCGGCGACUGCCGAGCGGUCCUUUGCCGGAGAGGCAUAGCGAUGGAGAUGUCCCGAGACCACAGGGCAAACUACGCCGAGGAGUGCGAGAGGGUGGCCGCCUCCGGCGGGUACAUCGAGGACGGGUACCUCAACGGGGUGCUCUCGGUGACGCGUGCCCUAGGCGACUGGGACAUGAAGAUGCCCGACUGCUCCACGUCGCCCCUCAUCGCGGAGCCCGAGUUCCAGCAGGCGACGCUGAGCGAGGACGACGAGUUCCUCAUCAUGGGGUGCGACGGGAUCUGGGACGUGAUGACGAGCCAGCACGCGGUGAGCGUGGUCCGGCGCGGCCUGCGGCAGCACGACGACCCCGAGCGGUGCGCGCGGGAGCUCGUCAUGGAGGCGAAGCGGCUCGAGACGGCCGACAACCUCACCGUCAUCGUGGUGUGCUUCGGGUCGGAGCUCGGGUCCCCGCCGCCGCCCCCCGCCGCGGCGGCGGCGGCGAGGCCGAGGAGCUGCAAGGGCCUGUCGGCGGAGGCCCUGUGCAACCUGAGGAGCUGGCUGGAGACUGACCGCUAG